UAUCACUGUGUUGAGCCUAAUCAGGAAGCCUAAGAAAACAACAAUGGCCAACCUACACAUGUAACGAUUGUGAUGUUCGGCCUUAUCCUGCGACCGGUCCAGAAAUGUCGCGAUGUUCGCCACUAUUGGCAGUGGCCUCGGCGUUUCUGUUUGAGUAUAACACACCCAGGAUCGUACAUAUUAAGAGUAAGAAGGUUGGAGUCACCAACAGACUUCUACAACUGGGAAUCAUUUCUUACAUUAUCGGUUUUGUGUUAGUGUACAAGAAAGGCUACCAAGACUUUGAUACUGUUCAAAGUGCUGUCACUACUAAGGUGAAAGGUAUUGCUCUUUCCAACCAAAGUCAUCUGCCUGACAUUGGCUUAAGAACUUGGGAUGUUGCAGACUAUGUUAUUCCACCGCAGGAAAACAAUGCAGCUUUUGUUAUGACAAAUGUUAUUCCUACGUUGGGUCAGACACAGUCCGUUUGCCCUGAGGAUCCUUCCAUUAAAGGCAGUAAUUGUACAGAUGAUUCUUCAUAUUGCUCCGGAUUAAAAGGCACAAUAUUAGAUAAAGGAAAUGGACCAUUCACUGGUAGAUGUGUGAACUCCACUGAUGGUGUGAAUAAAGUUUGUGAAAUUUAUGGAUGGUGUCAGGUUGAGAAUUCUUCUGGCAGUGGCAAUGUAAUCAAUCUUGUAGGAUCCCAAAAUUUCACACUGUUUAUCAAGAAUGACAUUGCAUUUCCUAAAUUUGAUGUAAAAAGACGCAACAUCCUUAAUAUUUAUAAAAAUGAUAAUGAUCUGAGUAGUUGUCGAUGGAAUAGCAGCGACUCUAAAGGGAAAUACUGUCCUAUCUUACUGUUAGGGGACAUUGCUCUAGCUGCAAAUCAAGACUAUGACAAAUUAGCUCAGAAAGGUGCAAUACUGCAGAUUGUGAUAGACUGGACAUGUGACUUGGACAAGAGUGUUGAUGAAUGUUUGCCAGAGUAUAGCUUCAAAAGACUUGACAGCAGUGAUUACAAUGUUUCUAAUGGAUUUAACUUUCGGUAUGCUGAUUAUUAUGCACUGAAAGAAAAUGACACAUUGAGGCAGUACAGAAAUCUGUACAAAGCCACUGGUAUAAUGUUUGUGAUCACCGUGCAAGGGAAAGCUGGGAAAUUCAAUGUCAUUCCCCUCAUUUUAAACUUCAGCAGUGGCUUAGCAUUGUUGACCAUUACUGUAAUCAUCUGUGAUGUUUUGGUCCUUUACUUCCUUCAAGCAAGAAGUUACUAUAGAGAAUAUAAGUAUUUACAAGUUGAAGGGCGAGAUGCUUUCCAGGAAAACUUUCACAAUGUCAGCAAAGAGGUACAAGAUGAUGUAAAUGAGGAGCUAAUUUUAUUUUCUGAAAAAGUCAAAACUUAUACAUGACACAAAAGAUAUUUGAUCGAGAUGGUGACCAUGAACAUAAAGGGACAUCUGUUAAAAGAGACACCAAUCCCACAAUAAGUGCUUCAUACGAUGGACAUGGAACUGACACUUAAAGUCUAUUAAUAAAAGAUGUCAUCACAUCAGCAGCACAGAUAUGAAACAAAAUUCUGCUUUUGUAUAUUAAGAAUGAAAAAUUUUAUAUAUACUUUUGUUACAUCAACUUUUAUAUUACGAAAAAGUAUCUCAACUAAACACUUCUAUGACAUAUUACUAUGCUUUUAAAAACAUUUUAAAUAAUUAAAAAGCACAAAAAAAAAAAAAAAAAAAAGAAAUGUUAUUUGUGAUUUUCAUAUUUACGGCACAUUUUUUUUAGUUACAUUUUUUUUUUUUAAUAUCAGAAAAUGUUUAAAUGUAAGAAGUUAAAGAGUUGUUAUUGUUACAUUGAAUGAAAUAAUAAAAAUUAGCAUCUGAAAAGUCAUUUGACUAAAAAUUAAACAUUCCCACCAAAGAAAACUCUGGUGAUAAUUGUAUAUAUGAUUCAAUGUUUUUAUUGCUCUGAAUUUAUGCAUAAUACAAUUAAUAAUUAGUCCUAGACCUGCAGUACCUUCAAUUUUAAUUGGCAAUUUUUUUAUUUACUUCACACUAUACAAUGAGAAAGAACUCUAUGGCAAUUAUUGGCCGCUAUCUAAAUGUCUUUUUAAACUUUUUUUUUUCAAUUCUAAAUAUUUGUAUCAUUAAAUAAAUAUAUUUUUUUAUUAUGAAUUCAGUUUAGCAGGCAUAAAUACACAUACUUUACUUUAUUCAAGUAUAUGUGUGAUGUCUUAGUAUAUAUUUCAACUUACCAACAAAUAAGCUCUAUAAUGUACACUAGAUCGUACAUUUAUUAGGAGCAACACAAUGAAUCAAAAUGUCUUCAUUUACAUGAAAAAAUGAUGUAAAAAAGUAAGUGUAGCAGUGUUUGUUUAUUUACAGGACUUGAAAUCUUUAAAAUAAAAGAUUUUUAUUCAUUUGUUUA